CAAAUAAUGAGAAGGCAGGAGUCUGCCGUAGUAGCGACCAAGCGUGAAAAAAAUACUAUGGAGUCCCCAAGGGAAGAGGGAAUGUGGAGAUCAGAGCGCCAUCCUCCUGCGGAAAGCGGAUGGCUGUGCAAAAGAAGUCUGUUUCCUUAAACUCUUCUGCUGAAGGACAGCAGAUUACAUGACACUGUUCCCAUUCUGUUCCUGAAAUUGACCCGAUGAGGGAAGAGGAGGCGUCCCAUCUGACCUAAACGUGGCCAACCAAAAUCUCUCUCCUGAAAAUUUGGAACCAGGUCUCAGAAACUUCAGUUAAUAAAUUAUGAAGCCCUGAGACAGAAGGCUGAGUGUUCCAAAGCCACGGAAGAGAGCAGAAAAGGCACGAAGACUAGUGUGCCUGCUCUUGUGAAGCAGUCCAGAGUCCAUUGUGACGACACUUGUAGAAGAUGCAAUGACGUGCACAAAUCCACCCCGGUUGGGGAGUUGGGGGGAGGGGAAAGGCCCCACUACGCUACAAAAAAUGUCCUGGGCUUGAGGCUUCCCCAAGCCACGCGAGAUCUGCCCAAACCUAAAGCGGAACCUCCGAGGGAUACAGGGGACACCUGCACAAGCUUUGGAUUUUGCCCUGCAACAUCUGAAAGGUACCAUCCAGACACCUGAAGUGCUCUCUCCCAAAUUUGCAUUCCUGCACAUUGAAAGUAUUUCUGCCUCCAAAAAUAAAUAUUUAGAAUUGCCAUGGAAGCAGGCUAUGAGCCAAGGGGAAGGCAGAGGACAGAAAUGAAUGUGCUCCCAAGCUUUCCUGGUGGUAUAUGGCAUUCUCCAAAGUGCUAUGCACGCGCUGUUCCUGACCAAGAAGACCCAAGGAGACCAUCUCUGAAAUCAAGUCCAGAUGAAGAACUGAGAGGAAACAAGUGAGUAUGGUUUUCGCUCACAGAAUGGAUAACGGCAAGCCGCCCUUGGUUAUUCCCACACUGCUGGUGCCCCUGCAAAACCACAGCUGUGCGGAAACAGCCUCCGCCCUGCCACGCCACGAGCGGACGGCAUUCCACGAGGAGCGCGGCUGGAGGAGCAACACAACAGACCUGCAGCCUGGGCUGAAACCUGGCGAAGUGGCCACAGCCAGCAUUUUCUUUGGGGCCCUGUGGUUGUUUUCUGUCUUUGGCAAUUCCCUGGUUUGCUUGGUCAUCCACCGGAGUAGGAGGACUCAGUCCACCACCAACUACUUUGUGGUCUCCAUGGCAUGCGCCGACCUUCUCGUCAGCGUGGCCAGCACGCCUUUCGUCCUGCUUCAGUUCGCCACUGGCAGGUGGACGCUGGGCAGCGUGAUGUGCAAGGUUGUGCGCUAUUUCCAGUAUCUCACCCCUGGCGUCCAGAUCUAUGUUCUCCUCUCCAUCUGCAUAGACCGGUUCUACACCAUUGUCUAUCCCCUGAGCUUCAAGGUGUCCCGAGAGAAAGCCAAGAAAAUGAUCGCGGCUUCGUGGAUCUUCGAUGCCGCCUUUGUGACUCCCGUGUUCUUUUUCUUUGGCUCCAGCUGGGACGAUCACUGCAACUAUUUCUUCCCUUCCUCCUGGGAAGGGACUGCCUAUACCAUCAUCCAUUUCUUGGUGAGCUUCGUCAUGCCCUCUGUCCUCAUCAUCUUGUUUUACCAGAAGGUCGUGAAGUACAUUUGGAGAAUAGGCACUGAUGGCCGAACAGUGAGGAGGACCACGAACAUUGUCCCAAGGACAAAAGUGAAAACGAUCAAGAUGUUCCUCAUUUUAAAUCUGUUGUUUUUGCUCUCCUGGCUGCCUUUCCAUGUGGCUCAGCUGUGGCACCCCCAUGAACGAGACUCUAAGAAAAGUUCCCUUGUUUUCACAGCUAUCACGUGGAUAUCCUUUAGUUCUUCGGCCUCUAAACCUACGCUGUAUUCCAUCUAUAAUGCCAAUUUCAGGAGAGGAAUGAAAGAGACUUUUUGCAUGUCCUCAAUGAAAUGUUACCGAAGCAAUGCCUAUACUAUCACAACUAGUUCAAGGAUGGCCAAAAAAAACUACGUUGGCAUUUCAGAAAUUCCUCCCACGGCCAAAACUAUAACCAAAGACUCGAUCUAUGAUUCAUUUGACAGAGAAGCCAAGGAAAAAAAGCUUGCUUGGCCCAUUAAUUCAAAUCCACCAAAUACUUUUGUGUAAUUUCGCAGAAUUCUUUUAGUUAUUGUUAUGUGCCAGAGAUUAAAAAGCUUUAAAAACAGAA